AUGCAGGCAGAUACCAUUGAUUCGAUCCCCACGAGCAAAGAAAAGGCAAGCAUUGUCGCACACGACGCCAAAUCUUCUGCCAGGUCGGUGGAACGUCCCAACAAGCAUAGUUUUGACUACGUCAUACGAUCAAGUGUUGCUGGAGGAAUUGCAGGCUGUGUGGCCAAAACAGCUGUCGCUCCUCUCGAUCGCGUCAAAAUCCUGUUCCAGACCGCCAAUCCCCAAUACUCCCAUCAUGCGAACACUUGGAUGGGCCUCGGUCGGGCUCUACGAGAUAUAUAUGGGCGACAAGGAAUACGGGGCCUAUUUCGCGGUCAUUUGGCAACUUUGCUCAAGAUCUAUCCCUACGCAGCUCUGAACUAUGCCGCUUACGAGCAAUACCGAGCUCUUCUCAUUAGUCUAAAAUGCCAGGAGACGUGGAUACGAAGGUUCUCAGCUGGUGCAUUGGCAGGAGUAACUACGGUCUUCUUCACAUAUCCCCUGGGCCUCUUACGUGUCCGUUUGGCCUUUGAGACGAAGACUAAAGGCUCCUCGCUGGUCAGUAUGAUCAGAGAAAUCUACCACGAACGGACACACUCUUUCGCAAGUCCCCAGUCGACGCCUAGGAUUGCUCACGAGGUUUCAUCACACGCCAUUGCGACCACUUCGACUGUACCCCUGCACAAAGCGUUGGCUAAUUUUUAUAGAGGCUUUUCCAUCACAUUACUGGGCAUGGUUCCGUAUGCCGGCGUGUCAUUUCUAUUGCAUGAUACCAUAGGCGACUUGUUCCGUUUACUCUCAAUACGAAGGUACACAACGCUUCCACAUUCUAAGAACACCCCGUCAGACCAGCGAGCGCCGUUACGUGCCUGUGCUGAGCUUACAUCGGGAGGCCUUUCAGGGGCAAUAUCACAGACAGUUGCCUACCCGCUAGAGGUUACUAGACGGCGGAUGCAGGUCGGUGGCGCUGUCGGACACCGUCGUCAUCUUAGCAUAAGAGAGACGAUGGGUACAAUAUUUAGAGACCGAGGCAUAUCUGGGUUCUUCGUCGGCUUAAGCAUUGGAUAUGUCAAGGUUGUUCCCUUGGUUGCUGUGAGCUUCUAUACGUAUGAAAGGUUGAAGAUGCAUCUCGGUAUUUAG